AUGGCAGUGGCUGGCGCCACCGUAAACCCACUUCCUCAAUUGCGUCCUUCAUCUUCUUCUUCACCAGAAAUCUCCCCUUUUACAAAGAUAAAUUGUCCCGUCAAUUUCCCGAGGAAGUUGGUUUUUAGAAAAAGCAAGAAAUCAAUACUUUCUUGCCGCUGCACCAGCAAUCAAGAUAACAAUAGUAACAACACCAACACUAGGAGCGAUUACAGUUCUUAUUCUUCUACUUGUUCUUCAUCAUCUGCUGAAUGGGACUGGAAUAGGUGGACCCGGCAUUUUUCUGAGAUUGAGCAGGCGGAGAGUUAUGCCUCUGUUCUAAAGUUUCAAUUAGAAGAUGCAAUAGAGAAGGAAGACUUCCACGAAGCUGGUAAGUUGAAAAUGGCUAUUGCAGAAGCAACAUCAAAAGAUAGUAUUGCUGAAAUUAUGUCUCAAUUGAAGAACGCAAUUGACGAAGAACGUUACAGUGACGCUUCAACAUUGUGCCGAAGUACAGGAAGCGGGCUGGUUGGUUGGUGGGUGGGCUUUUCGAAGGAUUCUGAUCCUUUUGGUAGAUUAAUACAAAUUACGCCAGGAGUGGGCAGAUUUGUUGGUAGAAGUUACAGUCCAAGAAGUCCUGCAAAUUCAAGUUCGUCAUCAUCUGAUAUAUCCUCAAAAGGGCCAUCAGCAGCCGAGAUCGAGAAUGCAUCUGUAGUUGAUGUUAAAGUGGAAGAAAAUGAAACCAAAAAAGGUGAGGGAAAGAGCGUUGAUUUGGAAGGAGCUGCUGAAGAUGGAAUAAAAAGUGUGAUAAAUUUUCUCAAAGAAAAAAUUCCCAACCUGAAGGUCAAGGUGAUGAAGGUUAAUGUUACUGAAGAAAUAACAGAAGAUGGCGAUUCUUUCAAGCAGAUUAUAGAAGACAGUGAGAAUACGAUUACCAGCGAGAAUACUGAAGAGGAAGAUAGUGAUUUGGAUGACAAUCAGACAGAUCAGGCUGCUAGCCAAGGAGAUAGUGACACCAUGGAAGACGAAACUGAUUUAGAUAUGAAACUAUUUAUUGGUGGGAUUUUACAUAAUAAAGAAGACACUCCUACCAAGGAUGAUUAUGUUCGUGUCCCAGCUAAUAUCAAGGAUAUGGAAAGAGAUUCUUUUGUGUUGCACAUCCCAAAGAGAUAUCAAGAUCACAAUACUGACGAGAACAUAGCAUCAAAGACCAAAGUGGCUACUAUGGCUGCCCAAGGUGUUUCUGAGCUGAUGCCCCCUGAUGUUGCCAAGGCAUUCUGGAGUUCUGAUAAAGUUUCUUCGAAGAUCUCCAGAGAUGUGAGAGAAAUAGUGAAGCUUGCAGUGAAUCAGGCACAGAAGCGGAAUAGGGUAUCGGAAUACACAAAUUUUAGUCGUAUUACUACCUCCAAAGGUGAUUUAGAUCCCUUUGAUGGCCUAUAUGUUGGUGCAUUUGGCCCUUAUGGUACUGAGGUAGUGCAAUUGAGGCGCAAGUAUGGUAACUGGAAUAUGAAUAGUGAAGAGAAAUCUUCUAACAUGGAGUUCUUUGAGUAUGUCGAGGCUGUCAAGCUGACAGGGGAUUUAAAUGUUCCUGCUGGCCAGGUAACAUUCCGUGCCAAAAUUGGAAAAGGUAGUCGUAUCGCCAAUCGAGGAAUGUACCCAGAUGAGCUAGGAGUGGUUGCGAGCUACAGAGGUCAAGGAAGGAUUGCAGAAUUUGGGUUCCGGAAUCCAAAGUGGGUCGAGGGUGAACUUCUACAACUCAACGGCAGGGGUAUGGGACCGUAUGUCAAAGGAGCAGACCUCGGUUUUCUUUAUGUCGUCCCCGAGCAAAGCUUUCUUGUGCUCUUCAAUCGUUUGAAACUACCUGAGUGA